AUGGCGGAAGUGGCGGAAGCAGAGUUCAACAUCGGUGCCAAGGGAAAGAAGCAACUGGUGGACAACAAGAUGGAUACGAUGUUCCGGGGCAGUAAGGUGGACAACUACUUCAAGGUCUCCCAGCGCGGCUCAAACCUCACCACAGAGAUCCGUGCUGGCAUCACCACGUUCUUGACGGCUGCCUACAUCAUGGCAGUGAACCCGAACAUCCUGAGCACCACGGGCUUGAAGUUCGAGGGCCUCGUCUUCGCGACCGCUGGCUCCAGCUGCAUUGCGACCUUGAUCAUGGCUUUGUGGGCGAACCUGCCUUUCGGCUUGUGGCCCGGCAUGGGCAUGAAUGCCUACUUUGCCUACACCAUCGUGGGCUUUAAGGGCGGACAGAACUCUGUGAAGAAGGUGAUGUUUGCCGUGACCAUCGAGGGUGUGAUCUUCAUCUUGAUGUCGCUCUUCGAUCUUCGCCGCUACGUCUUCAAAGUGUUCCCCACUUGGAUGAUGAAAGCAACGAUGGCUGGCAUCGGCUUGUUCUUGGCCUUUAUCGGCUUGCAGGCCGGCAAUGGCAUCGACAUCGUUCGGGAUCAUCCGGCUGUGCUUGUGGACCUCGUGACGCUGACCGGAGAGCACUUCCUGCGCACCUGGAUCGGCAUUGCUUUCUUCUGCCUCAUGAGCCUAUUGAUCCUCCUGCGCGUGCGGGCCGCUGUGAUGAUUGUGAUCCUGCUCAGCGCGAUCUUGUCGUGGAUCUUGAACGCGGCUGCUGUGGAGCAGUUCACCUACAAGCCCAUGUGCUGCCUCGGCAGCGUGUCCUACACGGAGCCA